UUUCCCUCUACCAUUUCAUUUCCCCCUUCGCUCCAAGAUUCCAAUUCCAAUGGCCUCCUCCGAUAAUCUCACAACCAUCCUGGAUCCAUGGGCCUUCCGCCCCUCAUUUCAAGACCCAUGGAUUUCCGAUGUCUUCUCCAGAGAAGCACACGCACUCUCCAACCCCAUUCACACCUCCCACUCCGACGUCCUCUCUUCCUUUUUCGACUUAAUUGCCCCUGAUUCUACUCCCACUCCCACGCCCACUGCUUCAGGAAUCUCCGCCGACCCCAACCGACCCAUCUCCUCAAUCCCCCCCACCGGACGCAAGAUCACCAAGAGGAAGUCCAGAGCCUCCAAGCGGAACCACACCACGUUCAUCACGGCCGACCCGGCUAACUUCCGCCACAUGGUCCAGCAGGUCACCGGAGUCAGAUUCGGCAGCUCCCACCUUCAGAUUCCGCCGCUUUUAAAGCCGGAGCCGCAGAGGCCAGCUGGGCGCUUCACUGUCUGCGGCGCUGAUGCUGAUGCUGGACUGCCUACGCUCGACACGUCGGCUUAUUUGCUCAACCACCACCAGCAGAACUCCGGGAGUGGAUCCGAGAUAACUGGGCCGGGUUUUGGGUUGACAAAUGACGCCCUCAUCGGGUCGGAUUUUGAUACAUUUUCGUCUUUUCCCACUCUCGAGUCGUGGAAGGCGGUCAUGUGAUGGAUAAUCACUUGUUUUUUUUUCUCUUUUCCAAUUUCCAAAAAAGAAAAACAAAAAUUAGCGGAGGAUAUUCAGGUAGUAAGAUGCGAGGGGUGGACAUAUUCUUUUUGUUUUGGAAAUCUAUGUAAUGGUAAAAUAUUUCUUCCAAAAAAUUCAAAAGAUUUAUUCUCCGUUGUUUCCAGAACGACGUCGCACUGUUCUUUUUGACUUGGCUUGGAUUUCAAACUUGGUAGGAAGCUUGGUAUCUUUGCCGUAAUGGAAACAAACUGAGUAGGACAAGAAACGCGAAGGCUUGAGGUGUGACAUCAAGUAAGUAGAGAAGUAAUAAGUGGUCUAAAGGAACAAAUGGGGGGGAAAUUACAGCUAUCAAAUGUAACGUAUGGGUAACAUGGGGCUUCAAAGAAUUUUUAAGAAACAAUUAAAUAAGCUUUGGUAUGCA